AUGAACCAUCGAAUGGUUAAAGGUUACCAAAUAGAAAAAAGUUCUCGGCCGUAUGAAGAUGUUCUAGACGUAGGGCACUCCAUGGGUUGGUCCAGUAUUCUGAUUCCUGGUUGUGGGGAACCAAAUUUUGAUUCCUGGGUGGCAAAUCCAUUUGAAACAUCUAAACAGAGAAGAGAGAGGGAAGUGCACUCUCUGCUUGAUAAGCUGCCACCUGAGACAAUUAUGUUGGAUCCCACAAAGAUUGGCACAGUGAAGCCUCAGAGGAAGAAAGAGAAACCGACAAAUCAAGAGAGAGAGGUUGAGAUUGAAGCUGCUGUUGAAACUGUCAAGGGCACUGUCCUGAAGAUGAAAACCAAGGGGAGGAAUAAGCCGAGUAAGAGGACGACGAAGAAGAAGGAGAUCAUUGCAAAUGCCAAGAGGCCUUUCUUGGAGCAACAAAUGGAGGAGGAAGAACAACUGGCUAGAAAGAAGCAGAAAACAAUUGAGCAAGUGGAGCUACCAACAUCUUUACAGCGGUGUGCUGUGCCCGCACCAAAGCGACUGCAUGAAAUGAUUGUGCUAGUUUAG